AUGACCCCGCCUGUGGGUGGGAUCACCUUUGAAGAGUUCCAAGGUGUUCAGACUGCUGUCUACGAGUGGGCUGACAGCUAUGACACCAAGGAUUGGGAAAGACUACGCAAGAUUGUCGCUCCGGAGCUGCGAAUUGAUUACCGCUCCUUCCUAAACAAGAUUUGGGAAGCCAUGCCGGCCGACGACUACAUCAGUAUGAUGUCCAAUCCCGCCAUGCUGGGCAAUCCGACCAUCAAGACGCAGCAUUUUAUCGGCGCCACACGCUAUGAGCGCGUUUCUGACACUGAAAUCAUUGGUCACCACCAGCUGCGUGUGCCUCACCAGAAGUACAAGGACGCCUCCCUGUCCGAGGUGUUAGCCAAGGGCCACGCCCACAGCUACAACAAGCACUGGUAUAGGAAGGUCGGUGGCGUUUGGAAGUUCGCUGGCCUCGCCCCUGAGCUCCGUUGGGCUGAGUAUGACUUUGAGAAGAUAUACGCGGAGGGUCACGAUCAUGUUCACAACGCCGAGAAGUCGGCCGAUGCCGAAAUUGCUAAGAAGGAGUCCAGCGUCGCUACUUGA